GGGUGGCCUGGAGCCAAGGUCCUCCUCCUCCUCCUCCUGCUGCUCCCUUCGCUUUCUGGGAAAGCGAAGAUGGCGGCCAGAGGUUUGCAAAAAGUGGGGGCCCUGCGGAAUCGGGGCCCUUUCCUGACCCCUUGGAGCCACUUCGGAGCCCGGGAUUAUUCUAAAGAUGGCGAAAGCAGCUGGUUCCGCUCCCUUUUCGUCCACAAAGUCGAUCCGCGCAAAGACGCACAUUCAAAUCUCCUCUCCAAGAAAGAGACCAACCACCUCUACAAGAUCCAAUUCCACAACGUGAAGCCCGAGUGCUUGGACGCCUACAACGGCCUGACGGAGCAGGUCCUUCCGAAGCUCCACUCAGACGCAGAUUACCCUUGCGACCUGGUGGGGAACUGGAAUACAUGGUACGGCGAGCAGGACCAGGCAGUGCAUCUCUGGCGGUUUUCGGGUGGUUACCCGGCCCUCAUGGAUUGCAUGAACAAGCUGAAACAGAACCAGGAAUACCUUGAAUUCCGGAAAGAGAGGAGCAAAAUGCUGCUUUCCCGGAGGAACCAGCUUCUGUUGGAGUUCAGCUUUUGGAACGAGCCGCUGCCCCGCUCCGGACCCAACAUCUACGAACUCCGGACAUACAAGCUGAAGCCUGGGACCAUGAUUGAAUGGGGGAAUAACUGGGCGCGGGCCAUCAAGCACCGCCAGGAGAACCAGGAAGCAGUGGGCGGCUUUUUCUCCCAAAUCGGGGAGCUGUACAUCGUCCAUCACUUGUGGGCCUAUAGGGACCUGCAGUCGCGCGAGGAAACCAGGAACGCUGCAUGGAGGAAGCGUGGGUGGGACGAGAAUGUUUACUAUACAGUGCCUUUGGUCCGGAGCAUGGAGUCCCGCAUCAUGAUCCCCUUGAAGAUCUCCCCGCUGCAGUGACGCUGUCGCCAUUCGCACCCGGCGCCGAAAUGCACAAACCUUGCUCUCGUAAUCAUUCCUGGCCGACUCUCCUCUCCUCCGCAUAUCCUCCUUCAAUGCAAAGUGUGACGAUGCUUUAGGGCCAGAGAUGCCCAAAUGUUUAAACCUCUGGGUUUUUGGACUACAACAUCCAGAAGCCUCAGCUGCCAAUAGCCAGUGUCCAGGAAUCCUGGGAGUUGUAGUCCAAAAUGCCUGGAGACCAUUGGGACCAAAUUGCAAGGGACUUUAAAAAGUCCGUAUGGCGCAAAUCCUCGUUUCCUUCGCCUUCUUCUCUGUGAGAAAAAUCUGAAUUCAUAGGAACGCCUCCCUGGCGGGUUUCCCAUCAUUGACCUAAUGAUGACACGAGUUUGAUUGACGGGGCAGGGACCACACACUUUGAUAGGGAAAACGCAGUUCGUCUUUCCUGGCGCGACGCCGUCCAUCUUGUGUGGCGGCACAUGACGCAACGAUUGAUAAUAAAUGUUAAUAAUGAAUGCUCUCCUUUCGAGGGACUGUGUAAACUUGCAACUGUGAUUAAAAAUAUAUUUAAUAUACUGUA